CACUUGUCGAAUUUAUACGUAUGAUUGCUUUUGAGGAAAAUUCAAGCUGGAAUUUUAAAUUGGAGGCCUUUGAAGAAAAUUCCUAGCACUUGAUGUGGUGGAAAAUAUUUUUCUUUAACUUUAUAUAUUCGGUGUUGGUAGCAAGGAUCGAUAUGCAACCAUGAGAGCGGUUACAAUUUCCUUGUUUGGAUUUCUUCUUGCCAUCGCAGCCAUCGAUAUUAGCUUUUGUAAUGGGAAUUCCAAUGCGCUUUGCAUUGAACGUGAGAGACAAGCCCUUUUGAAGUUCAAGCAAGACCUCAUUGAUCAAUCAAACAGGCUAUCUUCUUGGGUUGAAGGUGAGAAUUGCUGUGAGUGGCUUGGUGUUUUCUGCAAUAACUUGACUGGCCACGUCAAAGAGCUGCACUUGGGGCUUCUUUCAAGAAGUCCUGCUGAAGAUGUGCCAGUCGUUGAAAGGGAUGCUCAUGAGGAUAAGCCAAUUGCUCUGUGGGAUGCUUAUUUUCGGUCAGCUGAAUGGGAUGCUUACUUUCGCUCAAAGCUAGGGGGCAGAGUAAAUCCUUCUUUGAUCGAGUUGAAAUGUCUCAAUUUCCUAGACUUAAGCAAUAACGACUUUGGAGGUCUGGCAAUUCCCGAAUUCAUUGGUUCGAUGAAGAGUUUGACAUAUCUUAACCUUUCUCGGGCAAAUUUUCGAGGAACAAUUCCCCAUAUGCUUGGAAAUCUCUCAAAUUUGCAUUGCCUUGAUCUUGGAUACAAUUCCCUAUUUGAAGCUAAAACUCUUCAAUGGGUUUCUGGUCUUUCUUCUCUGCAGUAUCUUGAUUUGAGUUCUGCAGAUCUUGGUAAAGCAACUGAUUGGCUGCAGGCAACACACAAACUUCCUUCUUUGGUAGAGUUACACUUGUCAGGCUGCAAUCUAAAUAAUGAUUCAUCUCCAAUCAGUGUUAAUUACAAAUCUCUUGCUGUUCUUGAUCUUUCCACAAAUACAUUGUCUUCGGUGCCUACAUGGAUAUUCAGUCUUCGUAGUCUUGUGUCCAUUGAUCUUAGCUCCAAUGAAGUUGAAGGUGUGAUUCCCAAUGGUUUUCAAAUAUGUCUUCUCUCAAAUUUCUUGAUCUUAGUAGGAAUUCAUUCUCUUCUUCAUCGACACUCAGCUGGUUGUCUAAUUUCAACCAACUUCAAUUCCUUGGUCUUAGCAGUGUCGGCCUGCAAGAGUCUUUGUAAUCUCGAUGAGAGAUGGAUUUGUCAAAUAACGGAAUUUGAUCAUAAGGGUAUCAGAAAUCAUAGAGAGUUUGGUCUUAGAUGUAGUUUGGAUCGAUUAGGAGUCAUUUAA